GUCUUCUCGCUUCCGUCUCCAGCGUCGAACCCCCUCCGGCCACCGAGCAAACUCUACUCCUUUGCAAGGAAGAGCGCCACCUCGCGGAAUUCUUCAGGAUUGGAGGUGCCGCCGGUGUCCUCACCUCUGCUGGGCCGGCGUCAAGCGGAGAUCGAAUUGGGAACUGAACUGACCUCGUCUUUUGUCGAACUCCCAUCAGGAGAAGCAAUGUCAGGAGUGAUCACAAAGUUCGCGGUUACAUCCAUGGUGAUGUGGAUGGCCCCGGUUGCGAUCAUGUAUGGGUUCUACUACCAGGUGUUUCCAGGUGUGAGUCAGAUGUCAUCCUCGGCGCAGACACUUGCCAGCGGGUUCCUUGCCGUCAUAUCAGUUAAUCUGGUGAUUGGCUUCUACAUAUGCAUGGCGAUGAAGGAGACUCCACACCAGGAGCCACAGCCUGAUCCCACCUUCUUGGCAAACGCUAAAGCGAGUAUCAACCAGCCAACAUCUUCUCAAGUGAAUGAUGAUUCCAAGGGGAAGGGGAAGGUUGAGUAAGCUGUAGCAUGUUGGCUUGGGUCUUGUGUAUGCUAUACGCAUGUUACUCAGGAGGAAUAGUUGUGCUAUGCCAUCACACAAGCCGUAACCUUUUAAAUUUCUUGAUUUUGCUGUAAAUCUUGAUGGUUAUGGUUAUGGAGCCAUAUGAAGAUGAAUCUCUUGUAUCUGUUUACGUUGGAAACUAUGUUCAACGGGUUAUUUUGAUUAGGAUGCUCAUCAAAACUACUAGUGGUUAUGUUUUAGGUCCUUUUUGGUAAUUUGGUCAGGUCCUAUUUAGCAUAUGCCUUGAAGACAUAUGCUGCAAUGUGGUGCCAUUCUGGCUUUCCGUGAAAUAAAAUCUAACAACAUUGUUACUGGGUGAUGUUUAUAAAAUUUGCUUCAGUGUGCAAUGAA